AUGUGCAUCAACAAUACCCUUUGGCUACCACCGACUGUCCCUGCCGAUGCUAUCUUGGGGGAGGGCUCUUUUCCGCCUGUAAGAUGGAACCCCAAUAACCUUGUUUUUGGUCAAGCAGGUUUCAACAGAAUUGCCGAUGCAGCAGGCCAGUUCUCUGGCAUGAUGUGGACUUGCGAUGAGUUUCCUUUCGCUAGUUCUAUAGAAGGUGGCACUGGGGCGAGAACCUAUUGCACCCCUCAAAACGCAGCCUGUGGUGGAACGGUAGGAUUACCCCCUGGCGCGGUCCUGGUCAACUCCGAGCAGAACUUUCAAAGGCUCCCUGCUGUAACUGUCGAAUACUACCAGGAUGCUAGUAGUUUCUACAUCGGAUAUCAAAAGCGCGCCAUCAAUGAACGUGAUAUCGAGGAGAGUAUUGUCCGCGUCGUUCAUGGGUUUCACAGUAACGGCACAGUGGAAGUGAAGAAGGAGCCCGUGUUCAAGGACGAGUAUAAGAUUUUACGCAGGUCCUGGGAUCAGCACCUUCCAGGCAACGGUUCGGCAGUGGAUCUUGAACAAGGUAACUUGAAGAGGUCAAUCGGGCCAAUGCUGAGCCGUGAUGAUGAUGACGUCGGGCUCAGUGCGGACUGGAUGAAUGCCUCAGGCAACGGCACCAACCCGGCUCGUCAAGCAUACGAGGACCUUCCUCAAGGUCCACCAUUGCCGAUCCUUGAGAUCGCUCAAGACUUCGUCCAAGAGCAGAAAGAUGACAAACCGACCGAAGAGCCGUACAUCGUACGCGCCGUCAAGGCGAGUGACGGCAACGAGACUACGGCAGAAGACGCCAAAGCCAUCACUUCAAGGUCUGUCGACACGACUGGGUGGAUGCACCGUCGCCAAUCAAAGCGCCAAUGCGACUUUGUGACACCAUGCCCCGAUGGCAGCUGCUGCAACAAGAAAGGGCAAUGCGGUUAUGGAGAAGAGGUCUGCGGGUCCAAGGUCUGUGUUUCCAACUGCAACGCUACAGCUGCCUGCGGCAAAGACAGUCUCGAUGGCAAGGUCAAGUGUCCACUCAAUGUAUGCUGUAGCGCCUACGGCUACUGUGGAGUUGAAGAUAACUUCUGCCAAGCUGGCAAUCAGGACAAUUCUUGUCAGAAGGGCUUUGGAAGUUGUACCAAGAUAGAGCCGCCAUCUUGCGGAGGACGUUCGGCUUUUGAUAGAAGCAUUGGCUACUAUCAGUUCGCCAAUGUACGAGAACGUCAGUGUAAUCGCAUUACACCAAAGCAGAUUCGUACCGACGGGUUUACUCACUUGUACGGCGCGUUCGCAACCAUUGAUCCGGACACGUUUGCUGUCAAGCCGUGGCACGAAGAGGACGUGAAGCUUUAUAAGGAGUUUACGGGUCUUAAGAAGAAGGGGCUCGAGACUUGGAUCGCCAUCGGAGGUUGGACUUUCAACGAUCCAGGACCAACACGAACAACGUUCAGCGAUUUGUCUGCCACUCCUGCGCGUCGGUCGCGGUUCAUCAAAUCUUUGGCUAGUUUUCUCGAGGAACAUGGAUUUCAGGGCGUUGACCUUGAUUGGGAGUAUCCAGGAGCCCCUGACCGUGGGGGCCGUAAAGAAGAUGUAGACAACUACGUGUCUCUCCUCAAGGACAUGCGCGCUGCAUUUGGAACCAAGUACGGGAUCAGUAUCGCUAUUCCUACGAGUUACUGGUACUUGCGAUGGUUCAAGCCAAAGGAGAUUGAACAGUACGUUGACUACAUGGGCAUCAUGACAUAUGAUCUCCACGGGCCGUGGGAUGAAGACAUCAAGCAAGUUGGCCGCGUUGUCCUGGGUCACACAAACAUACCAGAAAUCGCAAAUUGGUCACUGCCUCUAUACUACGCCGGCGUUAACCCUGCAAAGGUCAACCUAGGUCUUGCCUACUACGCUCGUGGCUAUACGGUCUCCGAUUCUGGCUGCAAUGGUGUUGGGUGCAAGUGGUCGGGCACCAGUCGACCAGCUCCCUGCACCAACUUUGGCGGCGUCAUGUCCCUCGAGGAGAUUGAGAGAAUGGUUAAGGAGGAGCCUGGCAUUAAACCAAAGCUUCUUCCCAAGGACAUGAUGAUGGAGCUCAAGUUUGGCAAUCAGUGGAUCGGAUAUGACAACGAGGAUACCAUUUUCAUGAAGAAGAAGUGGGCUAGUAGCCGCUGCUUUGGUGGUACAAUGGUUUGGAGUGUUGACAUGUAUUCAGGCUCUGGAAGUGGAGAUACGCCGGACGAUCAAAGCGAUGGAGGCUCUGAUGAUCCCGGCGGUGGCCAAGGCGAUGGAUCCGGUGUUAUUUACAUCGAUCCAGAGAUCUGGGAAAAGGAUCAGCCUGAGGUGAAGUGCCAACCGCCAUGCACCAUGGUCCUACCGCCAUCUUCUCUGAAGAAGCCAGUGAAGCUGACGCUUCCUCCCUACGAGACUUCACUCGACGUUGCCUGGAGCGGUACUGAUGGGUGGCACAGCACCAUUCAAAAGACUACACUGACCCCUCCUGUUGUUACUGUUAGUACUGUCGAUGUCUGGCACAUUACGAUCAGAGAUGAUCGGACCAAGAUCACAACCAUCUGGUCAACAUUUACCAUCACUCCAAGCGUCAAGGUUUCAACAUUCAUCAUCACGAAUAAUCUUCCAGAGACAACCAAGGAUGGCGUAACCCAGCCCCCAGGGACUAGAACUAUCACUCCUCCACCUUACCCUUGGACAUUUACUGAGCCAACUACUCGACCAUCGAAUAAACCCGACGAUGGCGAUGAUGACGACGACGACGAUGUUCUACCACCAUUCCCAGUUGUAACCUGGCGUCCAGGAAAACCGGGUCCCAUAUGCAAGAAGGGCUGCGAUGGCGGCGGAGACUUUGCCGACCCCAAGAAUCCAAAACCACCAAAACGACCAGUACCUCCAAACCCGACCAUCCCCAAACCUACAGGAAAGCCAGUCACGCCCACCAAGAUACCAAAACCCGGAACCAAGCCUGAAAACAAGGAGCAUGAAGUGGACGAGCGACAGUGCGCGAUCGAAUUCGGUCUCCCUCUGCCAACCUAUAGAGAUCCAGCCACCACCACGAGCGUCAAGCCCAAACCCACACCGCCCAAACCCUCCCCAAAGCCAGACCCCAAACCACCUUCUCCAAACCCCAAGACAGAAGAGGUAGAUUGCUAUGAUGACGGUAUUUGGAUUCACCGUGCUUUGGCUAUUGAAGCCCUUGAGUAUUUCUGUGAUAAAUUUGAAGGGCAGGUGCUAGAUGCGACCAAGCCUGAGACUGAACGUACUCUGAAGUGCAAUCACGGAGUUGUUUGUACAGGAGAUGGUUUUGGAUGUUUCGUCGAUGUUGUUAUGAGCGUUACUGUUAAGAACGGGUGCCGUUUCACCAUGGGUAACAAAGGGGCCAAGUCAGAGUGUGGUCGGAUCUUGAGGCGCAUGAUUGAUGAGUGUGAUACCAGUGACGUAAGGUACAAGCAAGGUGGCAAGAUGAGUAGCAAUUGUGCGGAUUGGAGGUUUGAUCCUAACCUCCGCACUGGUUGGACCAAGAACUUGUGUUAA